AUGACUACAGCGAAUUACCACCCCACGCCGCCCAAAGUAGCUCCCAGGUCGGUGAAGCCGACGGAGCCGUCAUCUUCAAAGCCUGCGUCGGCGAAUCCUGAGAUGAAAGAGAAGGGCACGUCAGAGAAGCCGACGAAAGAGAAGGGCACGUUGGAUAAGCCGACGAAUCAAAAGAUGAAAGCGAACGGCAAUGAAGCCGAUGCAAUCUCGUCGCCGCCACGCUUGCGCACGCUCGCCGCCGCCAUCCAUCCAUCCUCUCCAGCUCGCACACGCUCGCCGCCGCCACGUCCGCCACCGCAGGCGGCGUACGUGAAGCUCGCGCUGCACGCGCUCAAGCACCAGGCGGCGGCUGUCAACGGGCUCCUCGUCGUCCGCCUGGCGGACCCCGCCGCCUCCCCGGCCGUCGUCUCGAUCGCUGACGCCGUGCCGCUCUCCCACCAGCCGCACCACCUCCCGCUGCUCCCCACGCUCGAGCUCGCGCUCACCCUCGUCGAGGACCACUUCCAGGCGCAGGGCCUCGCCGUCGUCGGAUACUACCACGCCAACGCACGCCGCAACGACGCUGACCUCCCCGCCGUCACCAAGCGCGUCGGGGACCACAUCUUUCGCUACUUCCCCCGCGCCGCCAUGCUGCUGCUGGACAACGUGAAGCUCGAGGAGGUGGUGAAGGGGAGCAUCCGCGAUGCAGUUGUUCAGUGGCUUUGGAAAGAGAAGGUUUGCUUUAUAGCUGCUUAA